AGGUGCUGUGUCUCAUCGGGAGAGGAUGCGGAUGGAAGGACGGGGGAGGGAAGGGAUGAAGGGAGGCUACGCUGGGGAGACAACACCGGAUGUGUGAGAAGCAGCGGCUGUCGCUAAAGAAGAGGGAGGCGCAGCAAGGUCGAAUAUGAGAGAUUUUGGUCGAGCGAACGGGGCACUUUGCGUGGCGAUAGCUGGCUGGCAAUAGUACUAUGAUUUGGUAUGUGGCCACUCUGAUAGCAAGUGUAUUCAGCAUCAGAGGGACGGCCGCUCAAGGUGCCCACGGAGUGAGAGAGGAGCCUCGGUUUGUGACGGCGCGCGCCGGAGAGAGCGUGAUCCUGGGGUGCGACGUGUCCCCUCCCCUGGAUGGCCAGCAGCCCCCCUACGUGGUGGAGUGGUUCAAGUUUGGAGUGCCUAUUCCCUUCUUCAUCAACUUCCGCUUCUACCCUCCUCAUGUGGAUCCAGAGUACACUGGUAGAACCUCUCUGCACGGGAAGGCCUCCCUGCAGAUUGACCCUGUGCGCUCGGAAGACCAGGGCUGGUAUGAGUGCAGGGUCCUGAUGCUGGAGCAACAGUUUGACACCUUCCAUAACGGCAGCUGGGUGCACCUCACAGUCAAUGCCCCGCCUACAUUUACAUCAACGCCACCGCAAUAUGUAGAGGCGAAGGAAGGGGGCAGCAUCCUGCUUAGCUGCUCUGCCCAGGGAAACCCCAAACCAAUGAUCAGCUGGCUGAGGGAGGGGGAGGAGCUGGUAACCAACGCAAAAUAUUCGGUGCACGACGGAAGCUUGACCAUCCUUGGUAUAACUCGCGAUGACAGAGGGGCGUACACGUGCAAAGCCCACAGUGACCAGGGGGAAGUGCUGCACACCACCCGUCUGUUGGUUCAAGGGCCUCCGUUCAUCGUUUCUCCGCCAGAAAAUGUCACCGUAAACAUAUCGCAGAAUGCACUCUUCACCUGCCAAGCGGAGGCGUAUCCUGGCAACCUGACCUACACCUGGUUUUGGGAAGAGGAUAACGUCUACUUCAAGAAUGACCUGAAGCUCCGAGUGCGCAUCCUCAUCGACGGCACCCUCAUCAUCUUCCGGGUGAAGCCUGAGGACGCCGGGAAAUACACCUGCAGUCCGAGCAACAGCCUUGGCAUCUCGCCCUCGGCAUCGGCCUACCUGACUGUUCAGUACCCCGCCCGAGUGAUCAACAUGCCCCCGGUUAUCUACGUCCCUCGCAAACUGCCAGGCAUCAUCCGUUGCCCGGCGGACGCCAACCCACCUGUGACAUCAGUGAGGUGGGAGAAAGAUGGCUACCCUCUGAGAGUGGAGAAGUACCCUGGUUGGAGCCUGAUGCCAGAUGGAAGUAUUCGGGUAGCAGAGGCCACAGAAGACUCCCUGGGCACCUACACCUGUGUGCCUUACAACGCCCUGGGUACCAUGGGCAUGUCCCCCCCUGCCACUUUGGUGCUAAAGGAUCCCCCUUACUUUAAUGUGAGGCCUGGGGGGGAGUACCGUCAGGAGGCCGGGAGAGAGUUAGUAAUCCCUUGUGCUGCUUCUGGAGACCCCGAUAUUCCAAGCAUCACUUGGAGAAAGGUGGGGAAGCCAAGCAGGAGCAAGCACAACAUCCUCCCCAGCGGCAGCUUACAGUUUGUGUCCCUCAGCAAGGAGGACCAUGGCGAGUGGGAGUGUGUGGCUACCAACGUGGUCACAAGCAUCACUGCCAGCACGAGGAUCCUGGUCAUUGGCACCAGCCCACACGCUCCCAGCAACAUCCAUGUUUUGCCCUCCACGACCUCUGCUAAUGUGUCCUGGGAACCGGGCUACGACGGCGGCUUCGAGCAGACGUUUUCCGUGUGGUACGGCCCAGUGUCGAAGAGAAUAGACUUCGGUCCACAUGACUGGCAUUCAAUGCCAGUUUCUGGUGCUCAGACUUGGUUGUUGGUGCCAGGGCUGGAGCCUGGGACGGAGUACCAGUUCAGUGUGCUGGCACAGAACAAAUUGGGCACAGGCCCAUUCAGCGAAGUUGUGACAGUCAACACUGCAGGCUCACCCCUGGGUACCCCAGAACCACUGGUGCUUCUUACACCACCGCGGUGCCUCACAGCCAAUCGCACGCAGCACGGUGUCCUCCUCACUUGGCUCCCCCCAGCCAACCACUCUUCCCCCAUCAACCGCUACAUUGUGGAGUUCCGCCUCGGGGAGCGAUGGGAGAUCCUGGAUGACUUAAUCCCGUCCACUGAGACCGAGCUCAUCGCCAGAGACCUCGUUCAGGAAUCCUGGUACGAGUUUCGAGUGAUGGCUGUCAUGGAUGACCUGAUCAGUGAGAGCAGCAAUGUAGUGGGAGUGUCCAGCACGGAUCCUUUCCCCCCUGCGGAGGUGGCUGAUGAGGGGCUGGCGCGGCCUGUGGUGGCGGGCGUCGUGGCAACUAUCUGUUUCCUGGCAGCGGCGGUGCUGUUCAGCACCCUUGCGGCCUGCUUUGUCAACAAGCAGCAUCGCCGCAAACUCAAGCGUAAACCGGAUCCUCCCUUGUCUGUGACACACUUCCGGAAAAGCAUAGAAUCACCGCCUCCUCUCACCCCCUUGCCAGGGGUAGAGCCCUGCUGGGACGAGCCUGCCAGGAGCACUUUCUUGCCCCCGCCCGCCAGCCCCCUGUUAUCAUCAGGGAAGAUAAGCCCAGAGAGCUCCCCUCCGUCUCGACCCCGCUCCAUUUCUUCAGAGGGCUCCCACGGCCCAGGCCUGUACGUGAGGAAGCUGCCCAGCCCUCAGAGGGAAAAAGACAAAGAGCUCUCCUUCUACAAGAAAACCAAGCGUGCCAUAGCCAGCAAGAAGUACAGCGUGUCCAAGCAUGAGGCAGAAGUCACCACACCCAUCGAGCUGAUAUGUCGCGGCCCAGACGGACGCUUUGUCAUGGAGACCAGCCCACCUGCCCGCCGUAUCCAGGGCUUCCCCUUCGCCGAGGAGUCCGACUUGUACCCCGAGUUCCGGCAGUCUGACGAGGAGAACGAUUUUGACCCGGGGCCUCUGCCGCCCAUCAUGCCCACGCUGCGGCCCCAGCUCUCCCCAACGUCCUCCAGCCUGGAGUCAACGCAGCCCCCCACCUACAGCCCCCGCCUCCACAGGGCAAUGGAAGGUAUGAGCUUUGCAGAGGGCAGUGCACUUCACGCCUCAGGGCAGGCCCCGUCCGCCCGCUACCGGGGCUUCCCCCAGGUCCCGUUCUAUGGGUAUUUAGGCAGCCGUAUUGAAUCAGGGAUUCCACCACCAUUCUACAUGCCUGACAUCAGCCCGCAUAGCUCUGCUCUGUCCUCCCCCCCAGGCACCGCUGAGGGGCCCUUUGGUUACCCCGCCAUCCCUGAGGAGAGUGGAGAGAUGGAGCACCAUCAGUACACCGCCUCUGGCCAUUCUCUGUCUCACACUCACAGCCCUUCCCCUCGCUCACCUGACAGCUGGCAACCUCGCGAGUUACCCUUCCUGGGUCUAGAGGGUCCACGCUUCAUGUUGCCCCCUCACCAUCCCUCACAUCAUCCUCCGGACAUGCCAGACCCACCCUCUUACACUUCUCACUCACUUCCCCCCAGUCGCCUUCACUUCCCUCCCCUUUCGGAUCCAACAAGCCUGAGACUCCUGCAGCUGGAGGUCCCUGUGGCUCCCCCAGGCAGAGAAAGGCCCCCGGGGCCUCCGGUUAGGCGUUUAGCUAUGCAACAGGCCCAAAGUCUCGGCCAGCUCAGACACACGGCCCAUGGAGUGGGUGUACCAGUGUUGCCUUACCCUGACCCGGCAGCCCGUGCAGGGAGCCCAAGCACAGCCCCCAGUAGUAGCCCCCAGUCCUGGCUCAGCCCGAGGGCGGGACGCCGAGCAGACCCCUCCCUGCCCCCCUUAGUACUUCAACCCUCCCGUCUUUCUCCGCUCUCCCAGAGCCCACUUAGCACCCAGCCGGGUUCUCCAGAUAUCCUAGUGCGCCCCCCUCCGCGCCCCGGCAUCCUCCGCACCUCUCGGUCUCUGGAGAUGCCUGAGCUCACCCUGCAGCCCUCGGCCGCUGCCACUUUCUCCCGGAGGUCCUCCCUGACCACCUCUCCCACUCAGAGUCAGGGAGGCCAACUGGCCAGCCCCAGUUACCACGCCGCCCACAUGUCCUAUGCCUCCACGGCAGCCAGUUACCCCUCACAGUCCCCCUCUCCCCCACCGGAGGGCAGGGAUGUUUUCGGGCAAAGGCCAUCCCAGAGACGGACAGAGGAGGAGAUGCUACCCUCAGAGCCCUCCCAGCUCCAGAUAUCAGCCUCAGGGGAACCUCUAGGUGCGUCUGGUGAUUCUGCUGGGUCUGAGAGUUUACCAGCACUGCUGCACCACUGUAUUACUAAAGCCAAGGGAAUGGCCGCCAAAAACAACAAUAACAAUGCCACUUCCGCGAGGAGAACUGGUACGGCCCACUCUCAGACCCAGCAGAUAUCUAGGACACCCCAGGAGGACUUUGAGCUCGGCAGAAAGAAGAAAAGGCAGAAUAAGAAGAACCCCUAUCUAUAUUUGACCUCCUUGCUGCAUCGUAGGCGGUCGGACGACGACCAGACAGGCAUCCUGACCAGCGCGGACUCCGAGGGCCCCAAUUAUGGAACCCUCCGCUGACCUGAGGCGCCCGCCUUCGUUAACGCCAGGCCAAGCCAUUCAACUCGACUAGAAGCCCACCUCAGCCCGCCGUGCUCCACCCCCCGAUCUUAGUAUCAAGGUUUCUUAUCAUCUCUGGAGUCUACGGGGCUAUCAGGAGGCAUCCAUGUGAGUACAAAGCAAGACUUCUUCUCCUCAGUCGUCAUGUCUACUCGACAACGAGGGACCUCACUUGAAGAUGUAUACUGUACAUAGAUAGUAACAAUAAGGGAAAGAAGCUCCCUCCUAAAGUAAUAAUUAACAAAAAAAAAAAGUGUUGUCACAACACAUGAAGAUUUUUCACUCAUGCGAUGGCGGGCGGGAUCCAUGUUUUUUUUUUUUGUUUUGUUUUUUUAGUGAUACAGUGUACUGUUAAGCCCGGUGCGUUCACGGACCGAGAGUCCAACUUUUCCUACAAUACAAAUAGUGUCAGUAUUUAAACACAGGGUUCUUACCACCAAAUAUACCUCAGAGUAAACGCAGAGUUGCUGUAAUUCUUGUGGUAUACUGUACGUACUUGACCUUUUUACAUAUGGAUGGACAAAAAAAGGUUUUGGGUCACACAAGGCGCUCGCCUUUCAACACUUCGGCUAGCGUUCUGUUCCCGCUAUUAGCUGGCAUUGUUGUGUUUAUUUAGCUGUACUAUCCACUGAGACUGUGUCUUAAUGUGUCGAUGUUAUGGCUUUUGUGAGAACUCUCCAACGAACUCGCCAAAGGUCGUACUCGCUGGGGGUUAGACGAACAGGGUGAUGAAUCGUAAAUGUUCCCGUAGGUUGAGUUUCACUUAUUAAGGAAUAACUUGUGACGUGUGGCACAUCUGGAGGUGCCUUUUUUUGCCUUUGCGCUUGUGUUUUUUCUAGCAUAAACUUGCCUUUUCCUUUGGCUCCUCUCCGGGAAGGACGCCAAUACUAUUCUUGUGUUUUUAACUUCCUUCUCUGCCGAGGGAGGGCGUGCCAGAGAGGAUGCAUGACGACUCCUGUUUGUUUGCUUUCAUAGCUGUGCAUUUCUAUGGAAGACCAUCCCACAGUACCUGCAAGAAGAAUCAAAGGAAUGCACAGGUUUCAAAAAGGACAAAAAAGGCAAAUAAACCAAUAAAUAAAACUUGAUGCAGACAGAAUAAAGGUGCUGCAUGUUAAAUAGCAACUUAGCGUAGGAUGCCUCAUUCAGCUGGAAAGUGCUAAAAGCAAUGAUCAAGAUACAGUGGACCCUUGGUUGUCGAACGUAGUCUUUAAGAAAUCAAACGGCAUUACAGUGGGACCUCCAAGGUUCAAACCCAAUCUUUUCACUACUCUAAACGACAAGUAUCAGCAGCUAAUGUUAGCACAGGAUCUCCACUAUGCUAACUAAUCCACGAUGGCUACCGACGGAUGCUCCAUUGGAACACGCUAGUGUUUUCGUCUUCAUUUGUUUAUGUUUUUGUACUUUUGUACUGUUUAUGUUUUGACUUUUAAGCCACAUUUGUCCAUGCAAUAUGACCUGGGGUAGUCAAAUUUUGCAGUACCACCUAAAUCCAUUCCAUCAAAAAAACAUUUAAAUACUGCAUAGCUGUUUUCAGUAGCAUUUUAGCAUAAUUACCGUACGGACCCGAAUAUAAAGCUUUUUCCAGGGAAAAAAAGCAGUCUAGAGUCGUCUUAUAUUCGGGUGGCGCCAAACGACACCUCCCCAAGUGUGUCACAGCUUUUCUUCCAACUAUGACCACUGGGAGAUAAACAUUUUUGAGAUACAAAUGUACAUUCAAACCUUGGUUUUUUGAAAGCCAUCCAUCCAUCUUCUUUCGCUUAUCCGAGGUCGGGUCGCGGGGGCAGCAGCCUAUGCAGGAAGCCCAGACUUCCCUCUCCCCGGCUACUUUGUGCAGCUCCUCCCGGCAGAUCCCAAAGCGUUCCCAGGCCAGUUGAGAGACCUAGUCCUCUGAAGUGUCCUGGUUCUUCCCCGAAGCUUCCUAAUGAUCGGAUGUGCCUUGAACAAUUCCCCGAAGGCAGGCAUUCGGGAGGCAUCCUGACCAGAUGCCCAAGCCACCUCAUCUGGCUCCUCUCAACGUGGCGGAGCAGCGGUUCUACUUCCAAGUUUCUGCUGGAUGACAGUGCUUCUCACCUUAUCUCUAAGGGAGAGCCCAGCCACCCGACGGACAAAACUCAUUUCACUUAUACCUGUGACCUUGUCCUUUUGGUCACUACCCAAAGCUCAUGACCAUAGGUGAGGGUAGAAACGUACUGUAUAUCGAGCGGUAAGUUGAGAGCUUUGCGUUUCGGCUCAGCUUCCUCUGCCACACAAAGGACCAAUGCAGAGUCCACAUCACUGCCGACACCGCACCACACCAAUCAAUCACACAAGUCGGUCUCUGAUUUUCGAACACCUCAGUUUUUAUAUGAUUUGGUUUUUAACGUCAGUUUUCAUCAAAAUUUGGCCUCGGUUUUUGUACACUGUUUGGGUUAUCGUACAAUACUGUGUUUAACAAACAAGUCCAUUUACCGUGUACUGUAUCAUUAUGCGGAAUCAACUCUCCAAACUAACUUUUUUUUGAGUCUGACUAUUAAAUAAUCCGCUAUGGGGCCAAAGAAAUUUGCGAGUGCCAGCAAUUUGAUCAAAAAAGUGAGAAACACUGGUGAAAUCAACAAAUGUUUUGAUGUCAAGAAAAGAUAAAUUGGAUAUACAUUAUUUUCUAUGGGAAUAAUGGCUUUGGUUUGUCUGACCUUGUGGAACAAAUUAAUAACAAAAACUGAGGUACCACUGUAUUUGAACUUUCACCAUAAUAACAUGUUUAACUACUGCACAGCUAGUGAUUAGCAAAAUUCAGUAUCGUAGAAAUUACAACAGCAAAAAAUGUAUAUCAAUCCUUACCUUGAUGAGUUCCGCAUUUGGCGAUAAAUUAAAAAAGUUAAAGCAAAAAAAUAAAACCCAUCCAAACAUUUUUGUGAGGUCAAAUUUCAAAGCGUUCCAUUUCCGAGGGUCCAUUGUAGCAAAGAACAACAAACACCAUGACUGUUUAACUACUGUAUAUUACUUGCUAGCUACUUCUCUGUAUUUUUUGUUUUCAUUUUUUGGACACUAGCCGAUAAUGAAUGUAUGUUUUUCGCUGUACAGGAAAUGAAUGUCCCGAUGUCGCAGUUCAUCGAAUGACCGCUGACGUUGUUGUUGAGGUGCAGCUGCAACCUGCAUCCAAAAUUGUUAAACCGGUACUGUUAGACCCAACACACAAGCUCUUUUUGUUGUUUAGUGAAAACAGGAAGGAAAUUGCCACACAUAAAUCUGAAAGAAAGGGAUGAUUGCCUGAAAGUGAGUGUUAGUUAAUCAGUAUCAUGUAAGAUACAAGGAUAUAAGGACAAAAAAGAUCUAUAUUUGUUAUGUACUGUACAUGGUGUGUAUUGUAUUUGUAAAGAGAAACCAUGUUAUACAGGAAGACAUGUCUUGUAUGAGGACGUGUGAGGAGCCCACCAGAGAAAUUAGAUUAUAUAGAUUUAUAUUUAAAAAGAAAAUAGUAUUUGCUUACAGUUCGGCUUUAAGUGGUUUCGGAAACAUUUUAAGGUGCCUCGUUUGUCAUACUUUUAGCGCACAUUGAGAAGGUAUUAAUGGUGGUAGCGUACGAUGUAUCCUCGCCAUAGCCUGCCGGCUGCACAACUAUCUUCUGGUUGCAUAGUUCGCCCAUACACUGCUGAUCACAAUAUUAAGACCAGUUGAAAAAAUGUAAAAAUUUACCUUUUGCAUUGUUGGAUCUUAAGGAGGUUGUAAGUGGAGCUUCAAAAUACAAAAUGAAGAAAUGGAAGUGAGACAAAAAAAAUUGUGAGGAAGCAAUUUAUUGCAAAAAAGCAUUAAAGUGAAAUAGGCGGUUCAUCAGCUGAUCAAAUGUUUAAGAUCACAGCCUUUAAAAGCCAAAGUCUUGGCAAAAAUGUGGAUUCAAUGUCAUGUUCUGUCUCAUAUUCACACUGUCAUGAUCUCUUGAUGGCAAAGGCAAAAAAGCUUUCUCUCUUUGAACGUGGGCAGACUGUUGAGCUGCGUAAGCAAGGCCUCUCGCAGCGCUCCAUUGCUGCUGAGGUUGGAUGCUGUAAGAGAGUCAUUUGAAACUUCUUCAAAGAUGCUGACGGUUAUGGAACAAAAAAAUGGUAGACCCAAAAAAAUCGCACCGGCCCUGAACCAGAGGAUCCGAUUGGCUGUCCGUCAAGACACAGGCAGAUCCUCGUCCCAAAUGAAGGUUGUUAUUGGUGCCAAGUGCAGUCCAAUAACCAUCAGACAGCAUCUGCAAGAGCAGGCUUGUAGGAACAAAAAAGGACUUCAAAGACCUCGUCUCCUUCACCGCCACAAAAUUGCCCAUUUGGAAUUUGCACAAGAGCACCAAACAUGGGACAUUCAAAGGUGGAAGAAAGUUUUAUUCUCUGAUAAGAAAAAAUGUAACCUUGACAGUCCUGAUGGCUUACAACAUUACUGGCUUGACGAGGAGAUCCCACAUGAGAUGUUUUCCACACGGCACAGUGAAGGGGGCUCCAUCAUGGUCCGCGGUGUUUCUUCCUUCAAUGGAAGAAUGGAGCUUCAGGUUGUGCAGGGGCGUCAAAUGGCAGCUGGCUAUGAGGAAAUGUUGCAGAGGGCAUCUUUUUCAAAAGGACAAUGUUACAGUUCACAAAAGAAAGGACUUCUUCCAGAGGAAUAAGCUCACUCUUAUGGACCAUCCUGUAUGUUCCUCUGAUCUAAACCCAAUUGACAACAUUUUGGGAUGGAUGACAAGGCCACAAAACAUCCAGACAGUGAAGCCACCUUCACCACCUGGAGCAACAUUCCCACUGGCAUCAAGCGUACCCAAACCAAUUUUUGAGGUGAUUAACAAGAAUGGUGCAGCUACUCAUGACGGAGUCCUUUUUUGAAAAUGUCAUUUCUAUUUUGAGGGGGGUUGGUUUUUUUUUUUUUUUGAGCUAUGGUCUUAACCUUUUGAUCAGUUGAUGAACAGCCUAUUUCAGUUUAAUGCGUGUUUGCAAUAAAUUGCUCACUCAAAAAUAUCGUUUUGCAUUUUGAAGCUCUACUUAGAGUUUCCUUGAGAUCCAACAGUGCAAAAUAUCAAUUCUUGCAAUUUUUCAACUGGUCUUAAAAUUUUCAUCAGGAGUGUACAAAGAAGCUUUAGAAGCUGACUGGCGUCUUCUGUAGGAAUUAAUUUUGGCUGCUCGCGCGCACACGCGUAGAUUGACUAGUCAUCCAAAGCUAACAAAGGCUGACUUCAUGUACAGGACGUAUCGUUUACAUUAGUUUGGAGUGUGUUAGUCGCUUCUCAGCAUUACGACUUGGUGCUACGUUAAUCUCUGUGGUGCUGUAGAGUAGAAAAAUCGGAAAUUCUUUUUUUGGAACCUGCUAAACUAGACCCCCCGUCUCUUAUCAUAACAGUGUGACCAUGAUGGUGAUAGACCAUACUGGAAAAUAGUCGUAUACUCUUCGGUAACCUCAAAAUACUAGACUUGUGACCUUCAAAUGACCUCGCGAUGACCUGUUUCUAUAGCGUGCGUGUGUGUGUGUGUGUGUGCAGUGUCUGUCUGUGCUUCCAAGGUACCCUCUCUAAAAGUAGACGUGGUGAUAUUGAGAGUAUUAACCCAGCCUAAAACGAGGAAGCAUAACCUGAUUUGCAUUAUAGGACACACGGAGGAGACGGGAGAGCAGCGUCAGGUCGUCUUUUUCGUACACAAAUGCACCUGUAGGUCCACCAUCGUGAUUUCGCAGCACUGUUUUUCCAAGCACACGACUGCAGGGGCAUCUCACGCCACAUCUCCACGGUCACAGAGACACUUUUAACCGCGACCUCAAACCACUUCUGGAGUUACCGUCACUUCUGCUACCAAUAAUGGAAGGUAAAGUGCGAUAAUUAAUGUGGAGUGACUCUUAGAACGAAGUAAUAUGUACUCAAACUGUACAUCCUGAGGGUCUACAGAUCCUGAGGGCCUAGAGAUUUCUGAUUUCUCCUCAACUUUUCUCCUAACUUGCAAAUUUUUCAAGUUGUUGCAGCUAAUGUUAUUAAUCUCUGCUGAUAAUCGGAUGAUUGUAUGCAAAAUGCUGGUGCCAGCAACUCUUAUAGUGGUUUGUACAGAUACAGAAAAUAAAUAAAUAUUAUCAGGGUCUCAAUAGUAUUUCAUUAUUAAAUAAUAUCAAAUAUUUCACAAAAAAUUCUGGCAUGACAAUAAUUAAGAACUAUUGGAUUAAGAAAAAAAGAAUGCAAUAUGAUUUCACUGAUAUUUAAAACAUGAUUUUAAAAUCAAUUUUGUCGUAUUAUAUGCAGGGUCGUCUUAUAUUGGGGUCAACACAGUACACCUUAAAAUAUGCAAAAUAAUCUGCCAACAGAACAAGAACAUUUGACUUGCCAAAACAAUGUGAAACAAACAAAAUGACAAUUUUAACGCGUCACAUUUUCUUGUCCUGUGGGCGGAUUAGUUCUUAUUUUUAUUACUUCUCUAAUAUAUCUCAGAUUUGAGCAUAUACAUAUUACUUAAGAUACGUUAAGUCAGAUGGGAUAGGCUCCAGCUCACCCCUGACCCUGAUUAGGACAUACAGUCAUCCCUCGUUUAUCACGGUUAAUUGGUUCUAGUCCCGAACACGAUAGGUACAUUUCCGCAAAGUAGGAUUCAAUCUUAAUAAACCUGUGUAUGACCUCCUAAAAUGUUUUUUUUUAACAUUAUUAGAGCCCUGUUGACAUGAGAUAACACCCCUAUAGUCACCUUUAUACUGGUAUGACUUAAUAUACUUGACAUGAUAAGCAAUAAUAAGACAUAAUAAGUCUCCAUUAGCAUUGGGAAGUUCCUUGUUGUUGUAUAUCUCAAAGGUAGUGUGGGUCGAUUGUAUGGCAUUUCAGUCUAUCAUCCAUCCUCACUACAACGUUUGUCACUUGAUUGAUAUACACAACAGCCAGUCUGACAUGAAUCUGCCAUACAUAGACAUACACUCUAACAAUACUGCUAGCUUUGUUUACACCACAUUGUGCACUGCUUACGCGCAGGCUACGGGAUCUCUGAAGUGACACAAGAGACGGCUGCCGCUUUAAUAAUAGCAAUCUACCAAGCUAACUAGUUCGCCGACAGUUUAUUGAUUCUAAACUUAAGGGUUUCAUUUGGAGUGAGGAAGAAGGGCAAAGUAAGAAGCCAAAAACGUACCACUUCCACACGGAAUGGGAGGGAAAAAAAAUGUCUUUGUCAUAUCGGACUGCAAGGAUCCAUGGCUGCAAGUUAAGGUAAUGUAAUGUGAAAAAUGUCUCAUCAGUGUAACAUUACUGACGCCCAAUGACCAGAAUACUACAUAUGGCUUGUAUGUGAAUAUAUUUUGACUAGUAAUAGGCCAUAGUCAACCACGAAACAGCGAUCAUUUAUUAAUUCAUUUUAACGUAACGAGGGACGACUGUAGAAUGGAUGAAUUACUUAUGAUAAGGAAAAUUGUUCUCACAUGAAAUCAUAAAAUCAGACCUUCUUUUCAGAUAUUUAAUCUUGCGUAGAUUUCCGUUUUGCGGUGUAAAGCAGAGCUAGCAGACCAGAGCUUUCCAACGUGUGGCCAUUUUGCAUUUUUUGCAUGUACUUAGAUCUACCGUUGCAAAAUGUCAAUUCUUCCAUGUUUUCAACUGGUCUCGAUCAGGAGUGCAGUACAACGCUUUGUCACAGGCGCAUGAGAAACUGCUGCUAAUUUGUUUACGUCUUAUUCCAUGAGCAAAUAACUCCAGAAGCUAACGUUGGCGUAAAAAGUGUCUCUUCCUUCUAGUACUGUACAGGUUAGCCACGCGUUGUCAUCGAACCACAGAACGCUCACACAUCCUCGACUUGGGUUUUUAGGAAUGGAUGUCGUCUUCAGAGAUCUUUUUUCUUCCAGCAUUCUGAACAAAAAAAAAACAUGUACAGUGUUAAAGAGGGCUGCUUUGGUUGGACGUACUGUUAGCGUUGUUUCUUUUUGUCCCAACUUCUUUGCUUAGUGCAUCACUCGCUCCUGUCGGGGUGAUACUUACAACUAAAUUGUUUUUUUUUUCAAUUGUAUUAAUCUUGCAUGUAGAGACAAUACAAAACCGCCUAUUUAGCAGUCAUUCAUGGACAUCCGAGCUGGUUGUUAAUAGACAGAAACCUAGAAUAAUAUGUAGUAUUUUCUAUAUUCUCUGUUUUUUCAUGUGUACCAGCACUGAGGAACUAGAAUGUAUUGUUAUGAUUAUUAUGAUUAUUAUUAUGAUUAUUAUUGUAGGCUACAAUAAGCACUACAUUGUUAACUGUUUUAGCAUAAAUGCUCAUAAUCAAGCAAACCACGUAGUGCUUCAAUGAAAAUACACAUUUUCAGUCUCCAUCCACCCAACUCUGUGCUUACAUGUUUACAUUCUGUAUUCUGGUGCAACAUCUGUUUCUGACAUUUUCUUUUCUUUGCGCUCAUUUGUAAAUACGUCAAAGCAAACAGGUUCUGUUUCACUGUUCUGUUCCGUCAUCAGGUUUAACGCUUCACUCAACACUAUGUGAGCAAUUAACUCAUACUGUACGGUGCUGUACCAAAGCCUUAUGUAUGAUAUUUCUAUUACUUUCCCCACCGCGGUUCAGUCACAUCUGUAAAGUCACCUUCCAACGCUCAUGGGUCUUUUUCUUUUUGUGUCAAGGAAACAGCAACAAGCUACAAUGUAAAAAAAAGAAAACAAAAAAAACAACACUCUGGCCUGGCUCCGCCCGGCCCAGAUGUAACGCCUUUAUUUGAAAGGGAAAGCGCACAGAGCCUCGCUGCUUGGUGGCCGAGCACACCAUCUACGCUCCGCCCACACGGCAGUGUCGUCAUUCAUGUCACCAUAUCAUGUCGAAUGCUUAGUCCCAUAUGGAAUUUUUUCUCUCAAAUUUUUGUAUUUUGAUAUAAUAAAAAAGACAAAAGAGGUCUCCCCCUGGUGUGCUGUGAUUUUCUUUGUCCAAGUGGACGCCUGGCCGUUACACCCCCCCCCAGGAGGUAAAACUUUGUAUAAGAUGUCUGUAUCGGGUCAUUUUUCCUUCCCCAAACUGUUCCCACACCAUAUACAGCUUGCAUUCAUUGUGGGCCACACCGCCGUUAUGGUUACCCUCAGAGGGCCUCCUUUAACUUGGAAACGCUAUAAAUGUAUCACCGCCUCAUGAUGUUACACAUUUGAUUAUUAGCAUUUGCAUUUUCUUUUACUGUUUGUCUCACAAACGAACAUUGAAAUCAGAAGUCAACGUGGAAAGCACAGAUUUGAUUUAUACAACAAUUCAUUUUAAAUCGUGUUUGGCAACAAAAAAAUAAGAACUGCAUGCAGUACAAAUUUUCUGUCAAAAUCGACAGAACAAAUACAAUUCUGCAAGAUUGUUUAUUUUAUUUUAUUAAUAUUUUUACCUAAUAUACAGUAUUUAAUUGUUUAAAUCAAUAAAACUAAAAUAUAUAAAAAAUGUUUUUUUAAAUACAAAAAAAAUCAUAGAAUAAAAUGGUCUUUUAUUGUAUUAUUUCCAGGCCACAUAAAAUGAUAUGCUGGGCCGAAUCUGGCCCCCGGGCCUUGAGUUUGACACCUGUGGUAUACAGCAUACAAUUGUGCAACAUUUAACGUUUGCAUUUUAAAAUAAAUAAAUGUAGAUCCAAUAAAUGUAGAUCUUCCACAAGAAUUUCCACAAACAACAUAAGCAAUGGUGUGUGUUGCCGAGCAUUUGGAAGCUGUGCUUUUCUGGCAGAACUGGAGAGGAUUUGUUUUUAUUUUUAUGAAAGUUGAGAGACAGGAAACUAUUAAAACGAUAGGGUGCUGGGACAGAAGCGCAAAAUGCGAUACUUUCCCGGUGAAAACAGGAGUGCCCUCGAGCCUGUUAAAGCACCAAACAUGAGAAAAAUCUACCAUCUACCUCACUUGUGUCGAUAUUUUAUACGAUAUUUUUGUGUCCAUCCAUCUUUUUUCACUUAUCCGAGGUCGGGUCGCGGGGGCAGCAGCCUGAGCAGGGAAGCCAAGAUUUCCCUCUCCCUGGCUACUUCGUCCAGCUCCUCCUGGUGGAUCUCGAGGUGUUCCCAGGCCAAUUGAGAGACUAAUCUCUCAACUUCUCCAAAGCCUCCUACCGGUCGGGAGGCAUCCUGACAGAUGCCUGACCCACCUCAUCUGGAUUAUUUCAAUGCAGAAGAUUUUCUCCCGGAUGACAGUGCUUCUCACCUUAUUUCUAAGGGAGAGGCCAGUCACCCUAUGGAGGAAACUCAUUUCAGGCCGCUUGUACUCGCGAUCUUCUUCUUUCGGUCACUAACCAAGCCCAUGACCAUAAGUGAGGGUAGGAACGGAGAUCGACCGGUAAAUUGAGGGCUUUGACUUUUGUCUCAGCUCGCUCUUCACCAUAAUGGACAGAUGCAGAGUCCGCAUCACUGCAGAUGCCACAUGAAUGCGCCUGUCAAUCUCACGGUCCAGCCUUCCCUCAAUAAUGAACAAUACCCCGAGGUACUUGAACUCCUCCACUCGGAGCAGGAUCUCAUCCCUAACCUGGAGAUGACACGCCACCCUUUUUCCGGUAAGAACCAUGGACUCACACUUCGAGGUGCUGAUUUUCACACCAACCCGCUUCACACUUGGCUGCGAACCAAUCCAAUAUGAGCUGACGAUCGUGGCCUGAUGACGGAGGACCGCAUCAUCUGCAGCAAGCAGAGAGGCAAUCCUGCAGCCACAGGAUCCUCUCAACGGCCUGGCUGCACCUAGAAAUUCUGUCCAUAAAAAUAAUGAGCAGAAUCAAUGACAAAUGGCAGCCCUGGCGGAGUCUAACCCUCACUGGAAACAAGUCCGACUUACUGCCGGCAAUGUGGACCGAGCUCUGUCACCGGUCAUACAGGGAGUGAACCAUCUGUAACCCAAAUUUCCAGAAUACUCCCCACAGGAUUCCUGUCUUGAAUACUCUUGAAUGCCUUCUCCAAGUCCACGAAACACAUGUAGUGGUUGGGUAAACUCCCAUGCAUGUUCCUUUAUUACCAAAGCUUUUUUUAGACACAUGAUUUUAUGCUAAAAAGGUCACUGAAUAAAAAUGUAUAAGCAAAAUGCAUGUGUUUUGAAAUUCAGCUUCUAAAAUACUGAGCUUAAAAAUUCAGUUUGCUAAAAUGUAUAAAACCUCAGUGCAAAUAUUUUUUUUUCAAUGUGAUGUUUCAAAAUUCACAUAUACAAGAAAUUAAGACCAAACCAAUCGUCUCAGAACCAGCCAAUGGGUUAUAAAGUGCAUAGCCAUGUGACAUAGGUUGUUCAAAACCCGGAAAGUGUGUGUGUGAAGUUUUGAAAUAUGGAAAUGGUUUGCACUGAUCAUAUCAUUUUUACUAACCAAAUUUUUAUGAACUGAAUUUUUAUGAACCUAAUUUUAAAAUACAACGUAAUUUUUUAAACGUACGCAUUUUGUUUAUACAUUUUUAAAUAUGCAAUGACAUUUUCAGCAUUACUUGAUGUGAAUUUUGUGAACUGAUCUUUUUUUACAUGAUUUUUAUGCUGAAAAUGUCACUGAAUAAAAAUGUGUGUUUUGAGAUUCAGUUUGCUAAAAUGCACAGUUUAAAAAAAGCAUACAAUUUUGCCAAACUCCAGUGUUUUAAAAUGCAGUUUAUAAAAAUUCAGUGCAAAAAAAAAUCAGUGCAAAUAAAUUUGAUGUUUCAAAAUUCACAUUUAUGGGAAAUUAAGACUGAAUCAAUCAUUACAGAGCCAGCCAAUCAGGUGUAAAGUGCAAAGUCAUGAGACAGGAGUCUUACAAAGCCAGGAAAUGUGUGUGUGAAAUUUUUAAAUAGGGAAAUGUUUUGCACUGAAUUUUUUUUUUACAUUGAAUUUUUAUAAACCAAAUUUUAAAACACCAUAUUGACUUUAACCAACAUAUUUUUAAACAUAAUUAGGCAUAAUUUGACAUUAAAAAAUCGGACUUAAAACAAAAUUCAGCUGAAAAAAAACUAAUAAAGUAAAAAAAAUAAUAAUAAUAAUCUUACACCCACCAUUUCAGCUCCAUUGUACAAAUGCAAGUGUAAAAAAUGCAGGCUUCGCUACACAUCUUAAAGGAUUACCUAGAGUUCUGCCAACUAUCCGUCACUCAGCACACACAACACACACAAUUUGGGGGGUAUGCGGUAAAAGUAGCUCCACAAACCCAGGCCUUCUGCUCCAGAUGCAAAUCGACAAAACCUAACAUCAGCAAUCAGACUUAAUUGGUCCCGCGACGGUGGUUAUCAACUUACUUUGUCAAGUCUGGUUUUCGGCUUUGAGCUCAGUGAGCAUUCACAUGAAAGGGGGCGUUUGACAUUAUAUAAUUCUACUUCCGCUGAAAAGUGAAGCGAUACCAGCCAGUGUAUUUUCCAAGAAAUGAGUACGUAAUUAUUUGAGUGUUAUGAGGAGUUCCCAAAAAAUUAUGAUUGCUAAAAGCAACACUGUCGGCGCCAAUACAGCGAGGGAGAACUUCUGGCAUGCCAGCAUGCAACGUAUGAAUGCGCAAGUUAACACUAAUUAUUACAAAAACUCUCCCCUACCAGUCUUUUCAUUUAUCAACGCUCAACAUUGCACAACUUUGACAUAUGAACACUUACCCAAUUAAAAAAUAAAUACACUGGAGCAACAACUUUCGUUUUUGAUGUUAUAGUUUCAUUAAAUAUUUUAAUCUGCUGUAUCUCGUUGUGGCCACUAGAUGACAGUGUUUUGCGUGUGACGUGUUCUGUGGCGACUUUUUAUUUUUGUUUGCUUUUCAUAAUAAAACAAGCGUUUUAAUGGAGUUGAUUGACGCCUCAGUGUUUAUUCUUCCAGCAAAUAUUGUAAUAUAAGAAGACUAACAGGCUGAGUACUCGCGCAAGGACUCCUGUGACAUUUACAUCUGCUAACAUUAAUUAUUAAUAUUUCAUAUUGGAUUUUAUUUCUGGUGCUUGCGUCUAGCGUACUUCCUCCUCUGAAAAUCAAUCUGGCUUAUGGAUAAUAUCCCCCCCCCCCCUUGUCCCCAUGGGAACCUCGUAGGUCCUCAAUACAUGGUGACGCCAUCUCUGAAUUACUUAAGUAGUGAAACAGUGGCACU